AUGUCUCGCAGAGUCACUCGUUCAUCCGCGAGGCUCGCCGCAGAGUCUGGCAUUCCAUCCGCGUCCUCGACCGAUCCGACCCAAACCUCAGAUCCCCCCGCAGCCUCAUCAAGAAAGCGAAAGGCCUCAAGUCGUCGGACUUCUAGCCCCGAACAGCCAGAAGCAACCACCCCUCCGUCCACUCGCCGAGGAAAGAGACAAAAGUUGACCGAGCCGCCACAAGCUCAGUCAUCACCUGCACGGCCAGCUCCUAGAACGAGUCGAAGAAAAGGCGCAGGGAUCGAUCCGGCAAUGUCUAAUAAUGGGUGGGUUACAAGAGAUCAUGAAGAUGCCGGAGCUACAGCUAAAGUCAUUAGUUCAUCUUCAAAUUUCGCAGACCAGUCCACAAAGCAGACAUCUUCCAAGCCGAGUUCGAAGCAUCCCCCAAGCAGGAGCAACAAGAAGUCACCAUCAGACGCCUCGCCUCCUGCCCAGACACCGUCCUCCCGCCGUCAGAAGAAGCGUUUGAGUCAAAAGGAUCCUGAUGUUCUGAUGAAAGAAGAGAAAGAAGAAGACGACGAGGACGAGAAAUCUGCUAGAGAAGACAGAGACACUCUUCCAACCUCUCAUCAUUCCAAUCCUAGUGAUAGCGACGACGGAGACGACCAGAGCGAGAUGGACGGCGACGAUGACGACGGUCCCGACCCAUUUGCCGCAGCCUUGUUCGGGUCCAGCCGUGGUGCGCCUUCGGGACUUUCCAGUACACUCAGAGCAUUGAGCGGAAUGAUGAGCGGCAUGUCGUCGAGAUUAAGAGACAUCUUGAACAACCUCCGACAAGUUGACAAUCCUACGAUGCAAAUGAUAGCUCUGGAGGAGUUGUCGAACUUGCUAUUGGUGUCUAACGAGGACAAUCUCUCCGGACAAUUUUCUCCUGACCCUUAUGUCAAGGAACUCGUGGCUCUCAUGCAACCGAAUCCUAUCACUGGCGAGGAGAAUCCAGAAAUCAUGCUCCUGGCUUGCCGUUGCAUUGCCAAUCUUAUGGAAGCUCUGCGGGGUUCGGUUGCCAACGUCGUCUAUGGUGGCGCCGUCCCGGUCCUGUGCCAGAAGUUACUUGAUAUCCAGUACAUCGACGUUGCCGAGCAGGCCUUGAGCACAUUAUCGAAGAUUUCAAUCGACUUUCCAGCAGCGAUCGUUCGGGAGGGCGGCUUAACUGCCUGUCUACAAUUCCUUGACUUUUUCGCCACGAGCACACAGCGAACCGCUGUUACCACUGCUGCAAACUGUUGCCGUAACAUCCCGCACGAUUCGUUCCCGGUCAUCAGGGACGUCAUGCCAAUCCUCUUGAAUGUUUUGUCAAGCCACGAUCAGAAGGUGGUCGAGCAAGGCUGUCUCUGCGUAACUCGAGUCAUCAACAGUUUCAAGCACAGUCCGGACAAGCUGGAGCAGCUGGUUGACGUGCCACUCUUAAAAGCGAUCUUGGGACUGCUCCUGCCAGGCACUACAAACCUCAUCGGAGCAAACAUUCAUACAGAAUUUCUACGUGUACUUGCGAUUGUCGCGCGAGCGAGCCCGAGGCUGUCCGUGGAGUUAUUGAAAAUGGACGUGGUGGACACUCUGUACCAAAUCCUGACCGGCGUCUCCCCCCCAUCCGAGACCGCUGAUGCUGCUUCCAAGAUCGACAGUGUGGUCAUCAUGCAGGCCCUCAUCCAUAGGCCUCGCGAACAAGUCUACGAAACCCUGAACGUCAUUUGCGAACUCCUUCCUCGCCCCAAGCUCGCUAGCGAUCUGGAUACCGAAAUCUACAACAAUCUGGGCGACAGUCUCUCCCACGACGAAGCUUCAUCCACGAAUGCAUCAAAAAUCGAGAUGCGACGAAAGUUGCUGGGCGAUUGCCAGGAAGAGACACGCCGAUUUGCUAUGAUCCUCCUACCAACGCUGACGGACGCCUACUCUAGUACAGUGAAUCUGAGUGUACGACAAAAGGUCCUCAUUGCCCAACUCAAAAUCCUUUCCAACCUUGAGACCUCAGUCAUUGAGGAGGCCCUUCGGCCUGUACCCUACGCUUCCUUCCUUGCGUCCAUACUGUCUCAGGAGGAUCAUCCGAGUUUAGUUAUGUUCGCUCUUCAGGCAUCCGAAUUACUUUUCGAGAGACUGGAAGACAUCUACCAGUACCAAUUCCACCGUGAAGGAGUCAUUGGUGAGAUUAAGAAGCUCGCCGACAGACCCUUGCAUCAAGGUGACAAGUCUCUCAGUCCCGCUGCGAGUGAACGCAUCAGCGGCGUGGAAAGCUCUACCGAAGGUAAUGGCGAAGUCGCAAAAGCCGACAGCGUCGCUGGUCUACAUUCUCAGGACCAGCCUACCCACGAUGGUGAGGACAAGGAGGGUCAGGAGGAGGACGAAGACGACGAGGACAACGGCGAUCAAGACCCUGAAGAUGAAGACAACGAUGACGGCGACGAGGACGGCGACGAGGACGAUGAUGCUGCCAGACAUGACCAUGACAUGGACGACUCUCAAAGCUCUGAAUCAUCCGACGACGACGAAAUGCCAUCCUCACUCGCAGUUGCGGGAAUCUCAGACUUGGUUGUAGUGCGUGCAAUGAGAUUCCUGGAGAAGUACGACACAACGAAAGGCAAGGAAUUGAAACAGAAGGCAUCGGAAAUCCGCAAUGAUCUUCACAAGCUUGCCAACGACAUCGAAACAUUUUACAGCCAGCCGAGGCAGAUGGAAAGCAGCAAUCAGCUGUUCACUCGACUCGCCAGUUACUUCGACGGAGACGCCUUAGAGAGCAUAACAAGUUCAGAGUUGUUGGAUUCGGGAAUCAUCCGGGUCCUAGUGCAGGUGCUGUCUGAAGACCUCUCCACCGCACACAGUACUGCCAGGGCGCACUUCGUGUCAGCAUUCAUGGAAUCAACCAACCAGAACAAUGUUAGGACAGCUCCAGCAUCGUCCGCAAUCACGCCCUUCAGCGCCCUCAUCCAGAAACUCCAGGACCUGCUUAGCCGUGCCGAACAUUUCGAGGUUCUGACAGUGAACAACAACGCUUCCGAGAAUAGUCGAAGCAGCUCGACUUCCAUGCUUUCGCGCCAGCUACGCUUGAGGCUCUCAGCGGAUGCUGACAGUGACAUACCACUGACAUAUCGAGAAAUGAUAGUUUCCAUCCAUGCGAUUGCUACAUUCAAGGCAUUGGACGAUUACCUUCGGCCUCGUUUCAGUGCUUCUGAACGUCCAGCCUCGGCUCAACGUCGUCGCGACAUGCUGCAGCAGCUAGCAAACGCUCGGCUUGCCCAGCUUUCAGGCGCCGCAGAGUCAGGCCUCUUCUCCCCGUUUGGGCACGAAAUUGGCUCUCCAGCUACUCCGGCAAGCGCUGAUCCUCCAUCUGCAAUGCGACUGUCCUCUCGUAUCAAGCAACGAUCCGAGGAGAGAGAACCAACUGGAGAGAAGAAAUCUAUGGAAAAUUCUGAACGAAAGCGGCCAAUUCGACGCAACCAGACAUCCACGUCAGAUUUGCCACCUGCAUCGGCUCCUGAACCUAGCACUGAGGCCGAAGGCAACAAUCUCGAAUGCGUGGAUGAGAGGGUACUCAAAGAUGACGAUCCUGCUGAUGGUGAAGCUGAAGGCGCUCUGGAAGCUUUCGUGGAAGGACUUGAAGAUGAUGUUUCCGACGAUAACGGGCCUGACCCUGGUGCAGUCAAUAUGGAGAUCGGAUCCUCUGGGAAAGUGACAGCUCGUCAAGAGGAUGGGACAAGAGUCUUCACGCCGCAACCAGGUACGCCAGUCGCUGGUAGCACUCGCCCGCCGUCCUCAGGCCAAUCUCCUGGACCAACCCCUAACACUGGAGCUGGGCGCCCAUCGUAUGCCGCGGCACUGGCAAGCACACCACAGGAUUGGCAUAUUGAAUUCAGCAUUGAUGGGAAGGUCAUCCCUAACAAUACUACUAUCUACCGAGCAAUCCACCACAAUCGAGAUCAACCCCAUGAUCAACUUAGUCGGAGCAUCUGGUCAGGAAUUCACACUGUCAAGUUUCGAAAGGUCCGCGGUCCCCCGCCUGAUCUGACAAGUUUACCGGCAUGGGGUGAAUCGCCAAUGCGAGGCUCUGGUGAUGGGCUACCAGCUUCGCUUGACGGUCAUCCGGUCACAUCAUCGAUCCUAUCUCUGCUUCGCAUCCUUCACGAGCUCAACGCAAAUCUGGAUGAGAUUCAAGACAUCGUUGGCCUGGCGAGCCCUAAGCUAUACCAAGAGUCCCUUGCCUCCUUCAUCAACACAAAGUUGACCGCCAAGAUGAAUCGUCAACUGGAAGAGCCUCUGAUAGUUGCCAGUAACUGCUUGCCAGCGUGGAGCGAAGAUCUUGCCCGAUCAUUCCCAUUCCUGUUUCCGUUUGAAACCCGGCACCUCUUCUUGCAGUCCACGUCAUUUGGCUACUCUCGAUCUAUGAUCCGUUGGCAGAAUAAUCAGUCCGAGAAUGAUGACCGGCGUGAUCGCCGGAGAGACGAGCGACCAUUGCUAGGACGCCCGCAACGUCAGAAAGUCCGCAUUUCUCGACAUCGCAUCCUUGAGUCCGCCAUGAAGGUGAUGGACAUGUACGGCGCUUCGCCAAGCGUUCUAGAAGUCGAAUACUUUGAGGAAGUCGGGACAGGCUUGGGUCCUACUCUCGAAUUCUACUCGUCGGUGUCGAAGGAGUUUUCGAAGAAGAAGCUGAAAAUGUGGCGAGAGAAUGACUCUGGCCACCAGGAUCAAUUUGCGUUCGGAAAGAACGGGCUAUUCCCGGCGCCGAUGAGCGAGGCUGACACUCAUGGAGAGCCCGGUAAAAAGCUAUUGCUGCUUUUCAAGACCCUCGGAAAAUUUGUCGCUCGGUCCAUGCUCGAUUCUCGCAUUAUCGACAUCUCCUUCAGUCCGACCUUUUUCAAGAUAGGAGGGAUAUCAAAUACCAUGCCAUCGAUAGGUUUAUUACGAACGGUGGACCGCGACUUGGCGAACUCUCUGGCCCAACUACAGCAAUUUGUCAAAGCGAAGACCAACAUUGAACUUGACUCUUCGCUGACCAAGGCUGAGAGAGCGAAUGCAAUUGAUAAUAUCACGAUCCAUGAUGCACGAGUGGAGGAUCUCAUGCUGGAUUUCACCCUUCCCGGCUAUCCUGGAAUCGAGCUGAUUGAAAAUGGCUCCAACGUCGCCGUCACCAUCGACAAUGUCCAGAAUUAUAUUGAUCGCGUACUAGAUUUGAGUUUGGGAAGUGGGGUUCGUCCUCAGAUUGAGGCGUUCCAGACAGGCUUUUCUCAAGUGUUCUCCUAUGCCAGUUUGAGAGCUUUCACGCCAGACGAACUGGUCAUGUUAUUCGGUCGCGUUGAUGAAGACUGGUCUAUGGAGACAUUGAUGGACUCGGUCAAGGCAGAUCACGGCUACAACAUGGACAGCAAGACCGUCAAAAACUUGUUGCAGACAAUGUCGGAACUGACCCCUGCUCAACGGCGGGACUUCCUGCAAUUUGUCACGGGCAGUCCCAAGCUCCCAAUUGGGGGAUUCAAGAGUCUGACGCCGAUGUUCACCGUGGUCUGCAAACCCAGUGAACCUCCUUACGCAUCCGAUGACUACCUGCCGAGUGUCAUGACUUGUGUCAACUACCUCAAGCUUCCCGAUUACUCUUCGCAGGAAGUGCUCAAGGCCCGCCUGUUUGUUGCAAUCAGGGAAGGACAAGGGGCAUUCCACUUGUCUUAG